AUGGACUCCGACUACAAGCCUUUGAUUGUCUCAGACGUGCAGCGCGCUAUCUGCGCCCUCAACGGCGUUGUCGUACUACUUCAGGACAACACUCGACCGACGACCGGGUCGGAGCUCAUCGAGAAGAACUACCCUCAGGCAACGCUUGGGCAAUUUCUUGCAUUUAGCCAGAUGGUGGUCGAGAGCCUCGGUUCCGCUCAUGCCACGGUCUCUCGAUGGCUCAUGGAGACGGGAGAGCGCCUCAUGAGGAACCUGGGCGAAGGCCGUGACGUCGAGGACGCCCUCCAAAAGACCUCCUUCGAGCUCGGGGAGGCGGACUAUCUCGCUGGUGCCACGGAGGAGCGUAUCCAGAUCCUCAACGCCCAUAUCGUGAAUCUGAACGCAGAGUUCCACCAGGCAGAACACGAGCUCGAUAGGGCCGAGUCCCGCUUAGAGAGGAAAACGAGAACGCGAGAUCUUGCACGCUUAGGGGGUGCCCUUAUAAUCGCCCUCAUACCCCGAGCCUCAGAAACUAGUUUUGUCGACGUCCUAGCCAUCGUGGACCGCGAGGCGCUCCAAGCGCCCGUUGACGAACAGAAGGAAAUCGUAUCUCGGCUCGAGUCGCAACUACGGACCGCUCGUGAUCAACUGCAGGUCCAGACCCAAAAACUCGAGAACGAACGCGCGGAGGGGCUCCGCCUCUGUUCCCGCAUAGACGCGCUCAGGCAGAAGGCCAAAGACCUCGCUGCCGAUGCUCGUGCGCUCGAGACUGCGCGCGCGUCCCUUGCCGAGCUGUCUGUGCGCAUCCACGAAUGCCUGCGCUCAGUCAACGGCGCGCUGAACAGCGCGACAAGCAUCUCGAUCAUGCGCUCCAUGGGUGAUGUCGUCUCCGGACUCCGGGGCGUCGUCGUUUCUCUAGGGCAAGAGGCCAUGUUCUCCGGGCCCCUUGCCCAGCUGAACGACGCUGCGUUUGCCGCGCUCGAUCGACGUGUGUCGACGGUACGGUAUCACCGGGUCACUGCGUAGGUUCUAGGUUCAAUCGUUCUCACCUGACGCUGUCAGGCCUGUCUUCACAUCCUCAUACCUCUGGCCUUCUUUCGUUGUCUAUACCUAUGCUGCGGACAUCGCACCACGAUGAGCGGAGAUUAACC